AUGUUUUUUAAAGGAAUAUGUUCAAGUGAAUUUAAGAAAAAAUGUAUCGAAUUGAGAGAAAAAUGUAGAAAAAAGAGGAAUGAGCUUACAGAAAAAAUUCUUUUAAGAGCAUUUGCGGGAAAUUUAAAGACAGAAAAAGACUGUAAUGAAGUUAUCAAUGAAAGAUGUUUUUUAUUGAUGGAAGAAAGUGACGAACUUAUGUCUUUUUGUCUGAUAGAGUCAGAUAAAUCUAAUAAACUUAUAAAUAUAAUGAAAUCUCAAUGCAAUGAACUGGAGCUUAUUGUGGUCUAUUGCUUGAAAAAUAGUCAAUGUACCAUACUAAAGGAAAAAUGCAUACAAAAGACAGAUUACAUUUUACCAAAUUCAACUUUUAAUCCUAUUGGAAAAGAGGUCGCAUUAAUGGAAAAAGUAAGAAAAAAGGAAUUAUUUAAAAAUGAAAUUGGAAAGCCAAAGAUAAAGGAUAUGGACGAUCUUUUAAUAUUAAUAGUAAAUAAUAAUAUAAAUGAAUGCGAAGUUCGUCUUGAGGAAUGUUAUAAAUUUUGUAGUUUCCUACCUCAACUAAAAGAUUUAUAUGAUAAUGUUACAGAAAAAAUGAGUGAAAGUAAAAAAGAAAUAUGUACUAGCCUAAAAAACAAGUUGAAACUUAAAUUUAGGGUUUUUAAAUCAAAAUUAAAUAAUUUAUCAUUAUCAUACACAAGUGACGACAAUAAGGAUGCUAUAUUACUAAGGUGGUUUGAGCAAUUUGCAGAAUUAAAUGAAAGACUUUGCACAAAUCUGGAAUCAAAAUGUCUUUAUUUACAAAAACCUUGUAAUUUAGAAAAAAUUAAACUUGGUAAUGCAUGUAGUAAUGCAAUUUUAGCAUAUUUAAAAAUGCGAAUUUUUAAAAAGGAAUAUAAAAUAUUCGAAAGCAAUUUAAAAAGAAAGCUACGUAACUUAGAAAUUAACAGCUCACUUGAUACAUGCAUAAAUGAACUGUUUGAUUUAUGUAAGAAAGAGAUAGGCAUUAGAAAACCUAUAUUAGCAAGUUUAUGCUUAUGGUUAAAAAGUACUUGCCAAAUACUUACAAAUGAUAUCGAAAGACAGAGUUGGGAAUUUAGGACCGAUUUGGACUUGAAGAGAGAUUUUUCAGAAGAAGAUUGCAAGGAGUUAAAAGAAAAAUGUGAAAUAUUAGGACAGGAUUCAAAAAUAAAUGAAUUGUCAUGUCUUAUACUAGAAAGAUAUUGUGAUCACAUGAAAAAUGCAAAAGAGUUAGAAGAUAUUUUGUUGGAAGAAAAAACUGAAAAAUUAGAUGAUUUUAAUUCCUGUAUAGAAAGAGUGUCAGAAAAGUGCAAUAAUUGCUCUGGAAAAAGAAAAGCAAAGUUUAUUCUUCCAUGCAUAGAAUUAAACACUACUUGUAAAAUAAUGACUAAAGAUAUUAAAUUUAAAUGCAGUGCAUUGAAAAGAAAUAUAAAUAUUAAAGUCCAAUAUCUUGUACGUGAUAAUAAAAAAGAUGGGAAAUGUAAAGAACUAAAGGAGAACUGUAAAUCGUACCGAAUAAUACAAAACCAAGAGAUGGAACUUAUGUAUGAACUUAAAGGGAAUCUUGAUAGCAAAGAUAAAUGUAAAUCAGCUCUUAACAAAUAUUGUAUACGCUGGAAUGAAAUGAAAAACACUACAUUCGUGAAUUUAUGUAGUGACAACACAGAUACUAAAAAUGAUAUAGCUAUAAGUGGACUAUGCGAAAAACUAAUAAAACGAAUGGAAAAAAGAUGUGCAGAUUUAUCCAUAAAAUUAAGCAAUAUAGCGAUAGAGAUAGAAGACUAA